CAACAAUUGCGCGCGUAUCAAAUCAAAGUGUUUUGGCGGGUUCAUUUGGUUUCGUCGGUCGGUAUAGAAGACUGUUCUUCAAAUUUUGUUAUGAAUGCUACGUUGCAUCAAGACAAGUGGGAUCAGAGGGACUUUGGUGAUGCACCAUUGUGUGUGUUCAAAAAUUCCGGAAGCAAAAGAAACCAUUUAUACUUUGAAGGUGAAAGGGAUGUUUGUAAAAAGCCGAGAUUAUCUACUAAAGGGCAAGAUUGCGUUACGACUGUCAGUUCGAAGAUCGCAAACCGCGAACGCACUGAUUCCAAUGGAUACCAAAAACAUUUAGGCAAUAAAUUGCCGCUAAAAAAGGAAUAUGAGUUAAUGAAUGAUCCUACACAAAACCAUGUAAUAACUAUUCAUGAAACCUACCAACUUGGUUUCCUGAAUAUAAUGGAAGACAAUAGUGAGAGAAAGCUAUAUACUUUUGACUUCGUGGAUAGCUUGGAAGUCACUUAUCCGGUAAGUAUCACUUCGUCGGAUGCCUUGCCUAUUGAUCUCCCUCCGCUUUUCAUGGAACCGGAGUACUCAGAUCAGCUUACAGCUCUCGCCAACGAUGCUCUCAAUCAACUUACUCAACGUAUUAAUAAUUGGUUGGUUGCUUGUCAAGAAUCGGAUGAGAAAUUGACACUUUGGCGGCAUAUGAGCGCACACCGAGCAUCUGCAGAGCUUAGAUAUCAAACCCUGCGCCUCCUGAAUAUACUAGAACCUCACUUCCAGCACACUAAAUUUGAUCCUCAAUCUCCCAACGUCGAUAAACUUUUUUCAUACAUUUUAAAAAACUUGGAAUUAGGUCAUUCUGCUCAAAGUAAUGAGGAAUUGGAUUUCCCAAAAAAUAAUCCCGUCGUUUCUUUAUGCCCAGAUCCUGAACACUGCCUCAGUAAUUUACGGCAUCUUGUGCUAAGUCUUCUGCAAAAACUCCUCCCACAGUUGGUACUCCCAAAAGAUUUUAAUUCUAAAGAUGAUUUAGUUCCACUUAUCAAUUCAGCUUGUGUUUAUAAUUUAGAUGUGUGAUAUGAACAUCAAGAACUUAUGAUCACAUUUUGAUGGAAAAUUAAAGUGUACAUAUUACUUAUUAUUUUUAUGUGUAUUUUGUGCUAGCUCAUCAAAUUUCAUAGAUUGUGGUUCUGCCACUAUGUAAAUAAUUUUCAAAAAUAAAGAUAUAUUUUAUGCAGUA